AUGAAAUUCGUUGCACUCAUUUCUGGUGGUAAGGAUUCCAACUAUAAUAUUCUUCAUUGUUUAAAACAAGACCAUGAAUUAAUAGCUUUUGCCAAUUUACAUCCUGAAAAUGAGGAUGAGCAGGAGCUGGAUAGCUUCAUGUUCCAAACUGUUGGUCACGAUUUGAUACGUUGGUAUCCUGAAUGUAGCGGGGUUCCCUUAUAUAGACAGGCUCUUCAUAAGAAUGGCUCCAAGAAUAUUGCUUUAAACUACACUGAGACAAAAGACGAUGAGAUAGAAGAUCUAUAUAAGCUUUUGAGAAAGAUCCAACUUGAUUCCCCCGAUCUUGAAGCUGUUAGUGUUGGAGCAAUUCUAUCUUCGUACCAACGCACCCGUGUGGAGGAUGUUUGUAGCCGGCUGGGUCUAACGACAUUGAGUUAUCUAUGGCAACGUGAUCAACGAGAGCUGAUGCAAGAAAUGUGCUCAAUGUCAAAAGAUACAAUAGUUACGACAGAUGACUGCGAUAAUGUGGGGAAAUUAGACGCUAGAAUAAUCAAAGUGGCAGCAAUUGGACUAAAUCAGAAUCAUUUGGGGAAAUCGCUUCCAGAAAUCUUACCAACAAUGCUAAAGUUAAAUUCAUUAUAUGACGUUCAUAUAUGCGGUGAAGGUGGUGAGUUUGAAACAAUGGUUCUAGACACGCCAUUUUUCAAACACGGUCACUUGCAAUUGAAUUCAAUCAAUGAUGUCACUGAUACGUCGAAUGAUGGGGUUUUUGCUGCAACAUUCAAUGUUGAGUAUGUUCCAGAAGCGUUGUCACCCACUAAAUUAGAAAAAGAGCUGGAAAAACUUCCUGUUCCUGCAGUACUCAAUGAAAAGUGGUAUGAAAUGUAUUUAAGGCUUAUGACAAUAGAUUUGAAAAAGCUGAAUAACUGCCCCAAUCAUCACAACGUUUCUCCUUCAGUACCGGUCUCUAUCAAUGAAGUUGGUAAACUCUUGUAUAUUUCGAACAUUGCACCUUCCAAGGGAGAAAGUUUGAAGGAAAAGUGUCUAGACGUGUUCUCACAGCUAACUUCAAUUCUUUCGUCGAGAUCCAUAUUCGCCUGUCAGAUUCUUUCAUCUUCGUUACUUCUUUCAGAUAUGAACAACUUUCAAGAAGUCAACUCGUAUUACAAUGAAUACUUCAAUGUUACAAAAAUUGGACCACUACCACCAGCUAGAGCUUGUGUAGAAAGUUCCUUUUUGAAACACCCUGUUCAACUAUCUGUUGUUGUUGACUUAUCAGCGGACUGUGUACCGACAGACAAUGGGAUCAUACUUAACAGGUCCAAAGAUGGUUUACACGUUCAAGGAAGAUCUUACUGGUGCCCUUGUAAUAUAGGUCCUUAUUCACAAGCAACCUGGAACCAAUCAGAUAGAAACAAAGUAACUUAUAUCAGCGGACAGAUUGGAUUAGAACCUUCAUCAAUGAAACUUUGGGGAGACACAACUCUCUUGGAAAACCCUGAUAUAGCCGAAGUUGUGUUAUCUUUAAGAAAUUAUUUCACCCUCUCUGAAACUGUCAAUAGCUCCAUACCACUAACUAUGGUAUGUUACAUUUCACAAAGUUAUGUGCUACCAGCAGUGAGGUCAGCAUGGUCCUUAUUUGCCAAAGAAUUAGCUGAAGAAUCGGAACUAUGGUUUGAUCAGGAGCCAGUUGGAGUUGAUUCAUUGGUCAUCGUCAAAGUGUCAAAUUUACCAAAGAAUGCUUUAUGCGAAUGGACUGGAAUGAACUGCCAAAAUCUUGCCAUUGAAGACGACUAUGACGAAGAUGAUCUUGCAGCACAGAUCCACAUGAAUUUGACUUUGAAGAGUCAAACCGAUAUCGAACUUCCAAACUAUGCUCAUGAUGUAAUCAUCUCCGAGAAUGGUUUUAAAAGACAUUUCAUAACCUUGUUUUUGGACUCUCAUGAGCAGUUGAUCCUCACGCUCUCUGAAUGCAAAAACGCUCAAAUCACUUUAUUCUUCAGUAAAGAUUAUGCUGUUCCUGAAUAUACUCAUGUCGAGUAUAUACCGGUUGAGCAGGUAUACGACAAAUCUUCACCUAGAGCGUAUGGACUGGUUAUUAAAUAUUAA